AAAGUUCUCUGGAAAGGAGUUGGGGAAAAUAGGAAGCGACAGCGAGAGGUGUGACUGCAUGUUAAAUAAGAGGAGCUGUGAGCUGAAGGCUUGAACUCUGAGCGAGCAGCGCGCGAGCAUCACGUUCACUGGGAAUUACAAGAUACGGUGACGACUUCUACAGCCAUGUCGAACGCUGAAGAUUGCAGCCAUCAGAAUCAAACAGACAAAUUCAUUGACUCAGAGUUUCGUUACACUCUCUUUCCUAUAUUCUAUGGCAUAGUCUUUGUCUUGGGGUUGCUGGCCAACUGCUAUGCUCUUUAUGUUUUGCAUAUUAUGCGGGAGUCUAAAGCUAUGAAUGAGAUUCGAAUCUACAUGACCAACCUGACCGUUGCAGACCUGCUGUUUGCGUCCACUCUACCUUUCUGGAUUAGUUACUACAUAAAUAACGGUCACUGGAUAUACUCGGAUGCCCUCUGCCGUAUCAUAGGCACGUUUUUCUUCAUUAACUCGUACUGCUCCAUUCUCUUCCUUACUGUCAUCAGCAUUAACCGUUACUGGGCUGUUACCAGGCCACUGGUGGCUGCCUCUUCUGACUGCUGGAAACGUGGAGCAACUGUCUCAGCGGUCAUCUGGGUCGUCACUCUUGUGGGAUCGGUUAAAUACCUCAUUGAGCCGGGAAUCCAUGAUGAUAAGAUUGAAAACAAAAAUAUUUCUCGCUGUUUUGAGGGUUAUUAUUACGAGAAAUGCUCUGUAAAAAAUGCAGUGGCCAUCACCCACUUCAUCAUUAUUGGCUUGUUCUUUCUUGUUUUCGCAUUGGUGAUUGUCUGCAACAUCUUAAUCGCUCGAGCUCUUCUGUCCCAACCCAUCAGUCAGCCUCGAGCCAGCACGGGAAAGCGUUCUGGUGGCACCAAGCUUAGAGCUUUGAGGAUGCUGUGUGGUGUUGUGGGUGUCUUUGUGAUCUGUUUCCUGCCACAUCACGUGGUGCAGGGUCCCUGGACUUUGUCUGUGCUGGGCCUGAAAAAUGAUUGGAGCAUGGAGACUCGCCAAAGCUUAAACGAUGCUCACCAGAUCACCCUCAUGCUUAUGGGGAUCAACUGCCUCCUGGACCCGCUGGUGUAUUGCUUCGCCACCACAAAUUUCCGCAAGUACAUCCAGGGUCAUUUCACAAGGGUCAAGAAUAACAAACACUGCUUGUGCAACAUAUAACACAGUAACACACUGAUAAAUAUAUGGUGUUCAUUUUAAUCAGUUAGAGCAGGGGUCUCAAACUCAAAUUGGCUGGGGGCCGUUGCUAUGAUAGGAGAGCCAUUUUAACAUUCAAGCACAAGAAAGUGCAAAAUUUCUGAAAAAUUACUUUCCUUUGCAUUAUUUCUUAUUUACUUCAAAUUUCAUUACUAAAAUAUUUUGCCAUACUUAAAAAAAUACUUAAAAAAUAUAAACAGCAGUGUCAAUCAUUGUUACAUACAGUAUUAGUUUUUAACAGUUAGUGCAAAUAUUUUCCCUUACUUUAUUUUAGCUUAAAUAACAUCAAAAUCUUGCACUGAACAACACUGUACUGAACAAAUGCAAUCCCUGAAUACAUUUGUACACUCUUCUAUUUCUUGCCAGAGACCUGGCAGCGCUUCUGCUCACAGCUGAGCCACAUUUGUCCAAGAUGCCGUUUGAGCAUCGGUAACGUUUAUCGGUACACUGUAAAAAAUGAAUGUGAUUUUAACGGUAAAAAUAUUGUAAAUAGGUUAACA